AUGGAGCAAAGUUUUCUAAAUCUUGUAUAGGCUUAGAUCAAUUAUAAAGCCAGUAAAUCUCCAGAUUUAACUACCCUGAGACACCAAAGAAAAAUUCAACCAAAUGCUAAAUACGGGGUAGAUUUAAAUCUAACUAAUGUGAGCCCAGCAUAGAAGAAUGAGGGACUAAUAAUAACAAACACUCCAGCUUUAAAUAGCAAUAAGGGUAAAAAUUUCUCAACUGGAAGAGAUCUGAACAGAAUCCCAAAACGGAACAUUAAAAAACCGUAAGGUGAUAUUAGCUUCAAUCCUAUAACAAUAGUAUCCUAGAUCAACAAUAGCAACAAUAAUAAUUGUACUGGGGCAUAAACUGAAUAGUAAAGAUCUAAAAUUGACAUGACAAUCCCAAUUUUUCGUAGUCCAAUUAUUAGAAAGAACAGUAUAUAUCAACCACAACCUUCAAUAGAGGAUUAUUAGUCUCGAAAUAACAUGAAGGAUUAAGAGUUUAACGAUCGAGGUGAGUAGAGCUCGAUUCAAAGUAGUGGUGGUGGACAUGUUAGUGCGAUGACAAAUAAUACUGGGGGUAAUAUGCAUAAACCAAAUAUGAAGGCAGGAGACCAAGGACUCAACUACUUCUUCCCAGAUGUAAAUUUAAAGAACCGAGACUAGACAAGGAAGUAAAGUGGAAAUAUCAAAGCACAAUCUCCUCUUUAUCUUCAUCAUCAUAUUCAAAAUGAUGAGUCAGUAGUGUUGAACAAAUCUGGGUUCGAGUCUCAUGGAGCUAAUCUCACUACUAAUGCAAGCUUAACUUCCAACAACAUCUAUGAAUUUAACAAGAGUCCUUAUGUUAUUAACAAGAAUAAGUCAAACUUGCACAGAAGAGAAAUGUAUUAUGAUCGGAAUAAGAUAAAUUCUAAUAUCAAUGAAAAUCAAAAUGCUCUUUCAAUAAAUUAAAGUAGUAACUUAAGUCAUGAUAGUAAUACAUCUCCAUCCUUGCAAACAACAAGAACUGCUUUACUUAAGUUGAAGGAAAGCAUGACAUCAAAUAAUCAAUAAAAUAAUGGUUUCUAAGACAAUUAGUAAUCAAACCAAAUUCUUCCUCAAUAAUUAAAAAUUCUAGAAAAAUACAAAUUUAAGAUGCCUUAAGAUAAACAAAUAUAGUAAUAUAUGGACAAUCAAAAAAUUCCUUAAAAUAACAGCUUUAAUAUCCAUUAAUUAUUGAUGUAUCUGGGCAAGCUUCAAAUGAACUCACCCUCCUCCAAGAAAGAUAUUAAUUUUCCUACUAAUAAUAGUAACAAUAAGAGUAUCAUUUAAAUGAGUUCUAUCGCAACAUACUUAGAUUAAACAUUAUCUAAGUUAAAGGGUAGAAAACCCAAUCAAAGAAAUCUUAAACCUCUAGAUAACUAGGUUUUGCUAAGAUUCUAGGAACAGUUAGCAAGUCAAAUGAAGAAUUUUCAGAAUAAAAACAGAGAUCACUCUCCUGAUGAAGCAAUCACUGAAAAUCAAUAAGCAUUAAGUACAAGUAAAGUCCUAGAUCUUUAAAAUGAAGUAAACUUCGAUGAUUUGACUUAAGAGGACAGAUUUUAUUUGAUAAAAUAACUAGAAGACAUUUAGUAAAACAUAAGGUAUCAAUUAGAUGGGUCUCCUUAUAUUUUCCAAGACUUUGAUGAUGAUGGUUAGUAUGCGGCAGAAGAGUACUAUAGUGAAAAUGAUAUAUCUCCCUUACAAAGUUUUAAAGUUGGUGAGUCAUUCAAUAAAACAAUAAAAGAUCAGCAUAGAAAAUAACUAGAAAUAAUAAAGGAUGAAGAAGAGGAUGAAGAGGACAAGGAAUCUGUGAUUAAGAUAAAUAUUAAGGUUGAUCCUACAUUGAAUUAUUCAGGCGAGACUUUUGAUCAAAGAUCCCCAACACAGAAAAAAUAUAGAUAGUAAGAUAUGUAAGAAAAUUAUUUGGGAAACAUCCAGUCAUAGGGUCAACUUAGGAAAAUACUGAAUGAAAGAAAAAUAAAAAAAUCUAUUUCUCUUGUAGAUAUUAAUGACGAGGAUGAUGAAAUCAUAAUUGCAGACAACUAUAAUAUGAAAGGUGACUAAUCAUAAAACAUUAGCGAAAUACCCAAGCAAGAAUUAGAAAAUCUUAAAAACGCUAUUAUAGAACCAGAUGAUCUCAGAAGUAGAAAUAACUAGAUACCCCUUUUUACAGAUACUUAGUAAUCAAGAGUAAUAAUUAUGAGCAAUAGAAAUACUAGUGGAUUAAAGAAUGAUUCUUAGAUGUUGAAUCAUAAUUAUCUUUUGCAGCAAGUAGCAGCCUAGAACAUUUCAACAUUUGGGAAGCAAGCUAGCUUUGUAAAUGUGAAUCCAAAGAUAUUUUAAUUCAAUUAGAUUCAUGGUCGAUUAUCUCCGAUGAUUAGGCAUGAAAUUCAAGAUAGAAAAAUAUCAGAGGAGGAAGAAUCUCAGGUACUUUUUCAAAGUAAAAUUUUAAAUACGUUUGAGAGAAGCCCUAGGGAUUCUAAGAUCUAUCAUGCAUAAAAUGAUGCGAGAUAGUAAUGA